CUGGUGAACCUAAAUCAAGCAACAUCCACAGAAGCUGGAGUGUUUUCUACGGACCAGCAACAACCAGGAAGCGGUGGUCAGCCAACACCGGUGUGGCCUAAUCGAAAGGAACACUACGUUUUGGAAGAUGCUAUUGGUGUAGGUGCCACAGCCACUGUUUAUAAGGCCAUUUGCACACCACGUAAUGAGCGCUGUGCCAUUAAGUGUAUAAAUUUGGAAAAAUGUCAGACAUCGGUGGAUGAGUUAAGCCAUGAGAUUCAGGUUGGUAUUGUAAUUGUUGUGUAUUUAUAA